AAAGUCAUCAGACAUGAAGACUCAUGGCGGUCGCUUGACGCUCAUGGGUGCGGUGAGAGCCGCAAGGACCGUACACCAUGCUGUGCUGUGUCUAACCCCUGCCUUCUCGCCGGUCUCCCACUGUAAUUUUAAGACAUGCAUAAAAGCCCCCGUCUUCGUACGCUUGCUUAUACUCGCCUUUCAGACUUGCACGCCCUACACCUUGACAUCGCUUUCACGUCGCAUAACGCAAUGUGUACUACCGAGUGCUGGGGCAAUCAACAUCGUUAUGGUAGCUGCAACCAUUAUGUCAAACAAUACGAGACCGGUGUCAAGAAGGACUGUGGAUCACCGACAUGCGGGCUAAGUAAGGCCCAUAAACAUACAGCUCGGCAAUGUAACUGCCCCAAGGUAUACCAGGAGGAGCGACGGAUCCUAAAUCUCAUCCGCUAUUAUUGCGAUGCGUGCCUGGCUCAGGGAUGGAAGACGUUAGAGCGCGAGUCUGGUCGGCAGUAUUGAGAUCGCUUAUUUAGUUUCGGUUGAUCACCAGUAUUCUAGCGCUAUUUAUGACAGGUUCACGACGACUUACUGCAGACCUUAUCGCUUUACGGCCCAAUGGUUGGCAGUGCCAUGCGACCAGAGCUUCGUCCUGUC